GCGACGAGCCAUUCCGGCCAGUAACGAGUUGAAUGUGGCUCAAAACGCUUCGCCAGACACGCACAAACAGAGAGUGAAAUCCGUGAAAAGUAGUGUGUUUCAUACAACAAAUAACAAUAUAAAAUGAUCAAUAUGACAUCGAAUAAAGGAUUUUAAAAAUUCUUUUGGCAAAACCCAGUGAAAAUGUGAAAAAACACUCAGCGAAAAGCGUUGAAAAAUGCUGCGAAACCUGGCCAAGAUAAAACCCGUUUUGCACUAAUACCAACAAAGAGACUCAGACUCCACAGAAGCCAACAAUUAAAAAAAGAAGUUAGUCAGUCAGUCAGCGUCUGUGGAGCAUGAAUCACACUCACCUUUGGGCCUGCAUUUAAAAAGUUAUAAUUAAAGGCAAAACAAAACAAAACACAAAACCUGUGGAGGAGAGUGGACGCAAGUGUUAUGCAAACGACAGUUGAGCGCAGCGGAAAUAUCACUAUAUUAAUGGUAAAUAAAUACUAAAACUACGUCACACACAUGUCCGGCAAGGAAAUGCGCCCGUUAUCACUUUCCAUUGGAGCCUCACUGCUGCCCAGCUUUUCCCUGGUAACGGCCCUGAAUAAUGGCAUUCCGGGGAAGAGUUGCCACGGCAAGCUGUGCCAUCCGGUGGACGAGUACUGCUCCACCUUUCUGGAGAGCUGCGAGCCCUGCAUCAAUGUUUGCGAUAAUAAAUCUCACAAUUAUCACCCGGAAACCUGUGCCAAGGAAUGUUCCGAUUUCAACAGAUUCGAGCCUCUGAAGGCGGAGAUCCAUGACAUCCAGAGCACCCUGCACCUGACCCUGCUACUGGUGACUAUCCUGCUCGUCCUGAUUGCGCUCCGCUACGCUUUCAAGUGCCUGCGCUGGACCUUCCACAGGAGAUCCAUCCAACGGAUGCUGCAGCGCCUGCAGGCCAAGGCAUUUCCACAUCCGCAUGUGGCAACGGCGAAUGGCAAGGAUCUCAAUGCCACCACCAUACAGAACCUGAAUGCCAUCAAUCGCCAUCACCAUGGCAGCGACAUUGAGCAGGCGCACUCGCAGAUCUACAGUGUGGCAGGUGUCGCCGAGGGUUCGGUCCUCACCAUGACGACGCCGGUGAGCACUCGCUAUCCGGCGGAGAACAGCACCACGCCCACCACCAUAGUCACGGAGGUGGGCUACGGAUACGAUAAUCAGGCCAUGGUCGUGACGCCGGUUUCCGAGAAACCCAGCAACAACGCAGCCGCCUCCGUAGUCGCUUUCUAAAGCCAUAUUGUGCACUCAAAAUAAUCUCAUCACCUUAAAUGAGACCAGCGAAAGCAAAAUGUGCAUCACAUUGAAUCGUAGUGAUAUUUGUGUUAACUUUUAAGCAAGAUAAAGUAUAUUUAACCCAUGUCCCGCUUCCGAUUCCGAUCAAACCAGAAGGAUUUCAUUUUAACCAAGCAUUUCUUGAGAUUCAAAAUCUCUUUUGAUGUUUAGAUGAUUUGAUAGGAAUGGAAUGGGUACUAGCAUAUAGAAAAUAAGUAUCUAAAUAUAUUAAGCUAUAGGCAGUACUUAAUUCCAAUGCGGCCUCAAAUACUUAAUUAAUUCUUAAAUGUAUAAAAUAUUUAAUUUUUAGUAAACGAAAUACUUCCAUGAAAGGGAAUGCUAUUCAGUGGGCAAAAAGGUACAUACAUCUUAAUUUUUAAGCGAGUAAGCAUACAAAUGCAUGUUUCAUUUUAUGAUCUUCCUACU